GCCCCCCCCUCACCGCCCGGCCUUGUCGCGCGCGCGCGCCUUAAAUUCGAGCUCGCGCCACCGUCGCUUCUCCGUUUCCCGCCAUCCUCCCACCUCAGGCAAACUUUCCCCUCAGCUCCGAUUGAAAACUUCUGCAAAGCAAUUAAACGCGAGCGUUAGUAAUCGAAACAUAUACAACCUUAGGCAAGCGUGUUUUAAAUCGUCGGCGACUGACUCGCGUAACGAAGAACUCCCGAAGUGUUACACACACGCACGCGUGCAAUGGCAGCGGUGUUACUGAGCGGCAAAGACGUCUCUGCCGAUGUCCGUGCAAGACUCAAAAAAGAGAUCCUAGAACUGAAGCAGAAGCAUCCGACCUUUCAACUCGGACUGGCCAUAGUGCAGGUUGGAGACCGUGAAGACUCCAAUGUUUACAUCAAGAUGAAACUGAAGGCUGCAGAAGAGAUUGGAGUGGCUGCUGUCCACGUAUGUCUGUCAAGGAACACCACCGAAACAGAGUUGCUGGAAAAAAUUAAGGACCUCAACGAAAACACGCAAGUGCACGGGAUCAUUGUGCAGCUACCGCUGGAAUCGGACCAUCCAAUUAACGCUAACCGCGUCACCAACUUCAUUGCCGCGGGCAAGGAUGUGGACGGGCUGACGUGCACCAACGCUGGUCUCUUGUCUCGCGGAAAUCUGGAUAACUGCAUUCUCCCCUGUACGCCCAAGGGCUGCAUGGAGCUCAUUCGCAGGACAGGGAUGAAAAUCGCCGGCAAGAGAGCAGUCGUGUUGGGGCGAAGCAGUAUUGUGGGAGCUCCGAUGCACGACCUGCUGCUUUGGAACCACGCCACAGUCACGACUUGCCACUCCAAGACUGAGAACCUGGAGAAAGUGGUUUCUGAAGGAGACAUUGUGGUGGUGGCUGUUGGCAAAGCCGAGAUGGUUCGUGGCAGCUGGAUCAAGAAGGGUGCCGUUGUGAUUGACUGUGGAAUUAACCACAUACCAGAUGAAAGCAAAGUGUCCGGCCAGCGAAUGGUGGGAGAUGUGAAGUUUGAAGAAGCAAGGGAAGUGGCUUCCUUCAUCACGCCUGUGCCCGGUGGCGUAGGCCCAAUGACCGUCGCAAUGCUGAUGGAGAACACUGUGGAAUGCGCAAAGAAGUUUCUGGCGCAAGUUAAGACUGGAACGUGGGAACUGACCCAUCUGAAGAUUGAGCCAAAGCAGCCUGUCCCAUGCGACAUCGAGAUUUCUCGCUCGCAGAAGCCCAAGCCCAUCGAGGUUUUGGGCCGAGAGGUUGGGCUGUUGCCCAGCGAGGUCGAGGCGUACGGACACGGCAAGGGGAAGGUGUCGCUGUGCGUGCUGAACCGCUUGCGCAACGAGCCCAGCGGCAAAUACGUCGUGGUCACUGGCAUCACCCCGACGCCCCUGGGCGAAGGCAAGAGCACCACUACGAUGGGGCUGGCGCAAGCGCUUUCCGGACAGCUGCACGUCAAUACCUUCGCCUGCGUGCGCCAGCCUUCGCAGGGACCCACGUUUGGCAUCAAAGGGGGUGCAGCAGGAGGAGGCUAUUCCCAGGUCAUCCCCAUGGAAGAGUUCAACCUGCACCUGACGGGCGACAUCCACGCCAUCACCGCGUCCAACAACCUGCUGGCCGCCGCCAUCGACGCUCGCAUCUUCCACGAGAGCACGCAGACGGACAAGGCCCUCUUUGCACGUCUGGUGCCUUUGCAAAAAGGGAGUAGAGCCUUCUCUCCAAUUCAGCAAGCGCGACUGAAGAAACUGAAAAUAGAUAAAUCGGAUCCGAAUACACUCACGGAUGAGGAGAUCAAACGAUUUGCACGCCUUGACAUCGAUCCUAACUCGAUAACGUGGAAUAGAGUGAUGGACACCAAUGAUCGCUUUCUGCGCAAGAUCACAAUUGGAAAGGCUCCGACAGAGAAUGGGAUGGUUCGGGAGACCCAGUUCGACAUCGCGGUGUCGAGUGAGAUCAUGGCGAUCCUGGCUCUCGCCACCAGCCUGGGCGACAUGCGCGAGCGUCUGGCCCGCAUGGUGGUGGCGACGAGCCGCAUCGGGGGGGAGCCCGUCACCGCAGAGGACCUGGGCGUGAGCGGGGCCCUCACGGUGCUCAUGAAGGAGGCCAUCAAACCCAACCUCAUGCAGACACUGGAGGGAAGCCCGGUGUUCGUUCACGCGGGGCCCUUUGCCAACAUCGCCCACGGCAACUCCUCGGUGCUGGCCGACAAGAUCGCCCUCAAGCUGGUGGGAGAGCAGGGCUUUGUCGUGACGGAGGCUGGCUUUGGGUCCGACAUCGGAAUGGAGAAAUUCUUCAACAUCAAGUGCCGCCUGUCGGGCCUCUACCCCGACGCCGCGGUGCUGGUGGUCACCGUGCGGGCCCUCAAGAUGCACGGCGGAGGCCCAACUGUGACUGCUGGCCAGCCCCUGCCUGAGGAGUACACCAAGGAGAAUUUAGAGCUGGUUAAGAAUGGCUGUUGCAACCUUAACAAGCACAUUGAGAUUAUUCGUCUGUUUGGUGUGCCCGUCGUCGUCGCUGUCAACAUGUUCACCACUGAUACGGACGCGGAGCUGAACGUCGUGCGGGAGUUAGCGCUGGCGGCCGGCGCCUCCGACGUGGUGCGCUGCACCCACUGGGCCGAGGGCGGCAAGGGAGGCAGGGCGCUCGCCGAGGCCGUGCGGCAGGCCGCCCAGCAGUCGUUGCCCGCCCCCAGCUUCCUCUACGACGUGCAGCUGCCCGUGGAGGAGAAGAUCCGCGUCAUCGCACAGAAGGUGUACGGCGCAGACGACAUCUGCCUCUCGGAGGAGGCUCGCCGGAAGAUCGAGCUCUACACUAAGCAGGGCUUUGCCGGACUGCCCAUCUGCAUGGCCAAGACGCAUCUGUCGCUGUCUCAUCAGCCCGAGCUGAAGGGCGUCCCCAAGGGGUUCGUGCUGCCCAUUCGUGACGUGCGUGCCAGCGUUGGGGCCGGCUUCCUCUACCCGCUCGUCGGCACGAUGAUGACCAUGCCAGGGCUACCCACAAGGCCGUGCUUCUAUGACAUCGACAUCGACGUGGCCACGGGGAAAAUCGACGGACUCUUCUAAGGUUUCUCUGUGCGCUGCGUGAACGUGCCGUGCUGGUGCCGUGGUCCCACUUGCUCACAAAAACACACGCGACCCAAUAAAUGUUCCUCUUCGAGGUGGCAGAGUGGAGGGUGGCGAUGAACCGGUGUGUUUGUUCUUGGUUCGAGGAAUACAAUUUGUGAGGUCUAAAAAAAAAAACGGUAGGAUGAGAAAAUCUCAUUAAAACUAAAAAGUGGGGAAAUGUUACAGCUCGGGGAAAAUGUUAAAAAAAUUGUCCCUUUUUAAAGCUAUUGGCUAAAUCUGCUUAACUUAUGUGUUUGGUGCCAUUGUUGUCACGGCUUUGCUUGCUUCAAUUUAAAAUCGGCAUUUCCACCGUGCAUUUUUACAGCCGUCUUGUUUUGAAACGGCAGAUUUAUGGGAACACGUUAAACAAGACGCAAUAUGCCGAAAGAUGUGACGUGGAACUUUAAGCACAUCUGUUGUGAUUUAGUAACGGUAUAAAAUAGCACUACACAGAUACUUGAAUACAUUCACAACAUGCACGGUGGCGACCUGCGUUGUAAUUGAGAUACAUUUAUGAUAUGUGGGGUUAGGAUAAAGGACCCCUGUAAUCACUUUGUGUUGAUUGUUAUUCAACUUUGUUGCCUUGCAACUUCGUGCUAGGCGCUUAAAUAAAUUACCUGUCUUGGUGUUGUCAUCACCUGUGUAACAAACAAAAUAAACAACUAUUUCAUUGACCAGGUAAAAAGCCCACUGAGCUAUGAGCGCUUUUUCAGAGGUGACCUCGCCAACACGUGAAGUAGCUUCUAUCAUAAUGUGUGGGAAGUUACAGUUGCAGCCAAAUAAUAUCAAUGCAUGUUUCUAAAAUGUGGAGGGAAACACCGGAGGAAAACCGGAGAACAAUCCACGUGACCGCCACGGGGGGGGGGGGAGAGCGACCAGGCAUCGUCAGGGUCCGGGAUCGAACUCGCGCACUUCCUGCGUACUAGGCGAAGGGAGACCACAUCUCCUCACCACCUCACUAUUAUCUACUGUUCACAAUGGGAAACACAAAAGCAUAUGCAGGCGGCAAAGUUGUUUGUGGUGGGAGGUCGUGCGGGAUUUGCGAGUUUUGCUGUUCACGCUUAAAUGAGCCUUACGCUGGUUUCUUUAAAGAGCCACAAAAUACUGCCAGCUCAAUAAAAAGUUUAAAUCGAA